AUGGUCGCUUUUGCUCGCGCUGCGCUUCCAUCGCAGCUAUCCGCCGUUGCCCGUCACCCCGUCUCGUUAUGCCGGCGCAUCCACUCGUCUCCCUUCAGAUCAGCUGUUGCACACCCAGUCACUGCCCAUGGCCCUCCGCCUAAAGCUCCGGCUACUCCGUCAGCAGAGUUCAAGGAGACCUCAAAAUCGAAUGAUGCGGAGCUCCCAGCUUCCGAGGGUGAAGCAUCGCGAUACAACCUCACUGCUGCGUUGAAGAAACGGUUUUGGAAGGAUGUCCAUGUGCAUGGAAAGUCAGACGAAUAUCAAGUCCUGCUUGAUAAGCGACCCGUCAGAACCCCGGCAAAAGAAGUCCUGUCUAUUCCCUCCACCAAGCCUCACCUCGCCCACGCUGUUGCGCUGGAGUGGGAUGUGAUGGCCUCCGCCCAGCAGGCUCUCAGAACCCACCUUAUCCCCAUGACCUCCCUCGCAGCCCGCGCCACCGAUAUCGCCCGCGAAGAUGCCGAGGGCAACAGCACCACCAGAAAACAGAUUAUCACAACUGCCAUGCGUUACCUAGAUACCGAUACGCUACUCUGCUGGGAGCCCGAGCGACAAAGGCACGUCUUGGAACGGACGACGGCCGACGGAAAGCCCAUCGAGAGUCUUCGCCAGAUUCAAACAAGAAUCGCAGGGGACGUCAUGAGCUUUUUGUCCACCAAGGUCUGGCCUGGCCUUGAAAUCAUCCCUAUCCUUGAUACCAAUAGCAUCCUCCCUCUCUCCCAGCCAAAGGGUACCAAAGACAGCAUCUGCACCUGGGUUUCGGAACUGUCUGCGUAUGACCUGGCCGGUCUUGAGCGGGCAAUCCUUGCUUCCAAGAGUCUUCUCAUCGCGGUCCGCCUGGUGGUGGAAUGGAGUGAGAACUUCCGCCACAUUCAGCGACCCGAGACAAGGAAGUUCGGCAUCGAGGAGGCGGCUGAGGCGUCGAGUCUGGAGGUGACCUGGCAGACUAAUAUGUGGGGUGAGGUUGAGGACACUCACGAUGUUGGCAAGGAAGACUUGAAGCGACAAUUGGGCAGUGUUGUGAUCUUGGUUAGUGGGGAGACUCGAUAA